CUAUAUACAACGGCUGCUCCGAGCAAAGGAGGUCUGGACUCUUGGACGCGUAUUCUUCCAUUCUGAUCUUCGAUUUCUUGCGGUUCAAGUCUUUCGACUUCGGAGGUGAAGAGCAAAGGAGAGAAGCGAAAGUAGCGAAGAUGAUCGAAGUAGUAUUGAACGAUCGGCUGGGAAAGAAGGUUAGGGUUAAGUGCAACGAUGAUGAUACGAUCGGAGACCUGAAGAAGCUUGUCGCUGCUCAGACGGGGACGAGAGCUGAAAAGAUCAGGAUUCAGAAGUGGUAUAACAUCUACAAGGAUCAUAUCACCCUCAAAGACUACGAGAUUCAUGACGGAAUGGGCCUCGAACUCUACUACAACUAAAAUUAGGUGGAUGAUUUCUCUUAGGAAUGCUGGUCUGAUGUCGAAGGUGCAUUUUUCUCUUGGGCCAGAGAAGAGAAAGUAGAUGGUCAAAAGUCAGUGUUCUCUGCUUCACUAUGCUUCUGGAACUAUGAUAUAUAAUGAUGUAAUACAGAAUUGACUGGAUUAAUUAGACUUGGUAUUGUAAAAUUGAAUUGCUUCUGCCUCAAUCUGGGGUUCUCUUUUUACCUAUGUGACUAUGUCGGUAUUUGGUGGGGCCUUCACCAUCUAAAUUCUGAUGGUUUACAAUAGCCUAUAAUUUCAGCCAUAUAUGCAUAAUAGAUCUAGCUGUGGAGAAGGUUCAUUA